GCUUCGACUUGAGAACAGCAUCAGUCAACGCACUUCCAAUUCUUGAGAACGUUCGUCGAACACAAGCAAAAAAAAAACAAUCAAUAUGAAAUUCCUCAUCUGCUUGGCUCUCUUCAUCGCCGCCGCCCAGGCUCAUGUUGUGGCCCCCGCUGUCGCCACCUAUGCCGCUGCUCCGGCCCUGACUUACGCCGCAGCCGCUCCUGUGGCCACCUAUUCCGCCGCCAUCCCCCGCGCCUACUCCGCCUACGCCGCUCCAUCCGUUUACGCCGCCCCCUCCGUCUACUCCGCCCCCUCCGUCUACUCCUCCUACGUGGCCUCGCCCUCCGUGUACUCCGCCUACGCCGCCCCCGCCGUCGUCUCCACUCUGCUCAAGAAGUAAAGUGUGCCGAUCGAUCACAUAAUUCCCGUACGUCCCUAGUUUUGUAAACGAUUUUCCAUGAAAUAAAGCUGUGAAUUUUCAAAAA